AUGAAGUUCUCCAUCUACGCCUUGUUGCUGAGCGCAGUCUCCGCUGCUGCAGCGCCGCUAGAUGUUACAGAUGAGAUAGCGGUAAAGGGUCCUAUUGCACCACUUGAGUGGACGGGUCAAGUCGAGGUUGGGGGAGACAUUAUCACCCUAACUGGCUCCGCCGAGGAAAUUUAUAACCAGAUCAUCGCCAUCAACCCCAACUAUGACGAUGAACUUGGCGUCAAGGACUGGAAGCAAAUGUCUCGCCGAGCUGUCUCCCAGGUUCAAAAGCGGGGCGACCCUAUCAAUACUGCGAGCCUUAACUGCGAUGUUGGAUCGAGUGCAGAUCCCCUCUUCGUCCUAACCGGCAUCGAUUACCUCUACGGAAUCGGUAACGGGGAUGCGGGGCCCCGGCCGGUUGGGGUGGCUGCAGCCGGACCAGUUGCUCAUGGGGUUCUGCCAUCUAUCUCUGCAACGAUCGUACCGUGCCGAUCACGGUUCCUUGUAAACAUGUGGCCGACAAUGCGGCUGGGAUUCACAACAACUGCAAGCAUUGGUUUUACGAUCCCCGGCUCCUCGCCGUACCAAUGGUAA